AUGACGGACCCGAAUUUCGAACCUUUCAAGCUCGAAAUCGAGCGUCUGUACAUCCAUGAGAACAAAAUCUUGUCGGAAGUGAUGGAGUAUAUGGAGUCCAAGUACUCUUUUGUUAAGUCUUCGGGUCAGUACAGCCGCCAACUCAAGAAAUGGGGGAUUUCCAAGCAGAACAUCAAGGCCAAAGAGUGGGAAUGGAUUGGAAAUAAAGAAAACAAAAGAAAAUUACACGAGAACAAGGAAAGCGAAUUCUACAUGGGCGGAAAUCAGGUUCACGUACCCCAGGUCAAGAAGGCAAAGUAUAGAGACGCCUAUUGUUCAAGUAUAGCCAGGUUCUCUACUGCACCUUCCCCGAAUACCCCAGAGGGCUUUUUUGUUUGCACUCCCGCAUCGCCAGGCAUGCAUCUUCUCUGGAAUGGGUCUCUCCCAUGGCUGCGAUUCAUCAAGCUUUUGCAUUCCUCGCAGAAUGAAGAAGCACCAUCGCCGUCCUCGUCUCUUACCAUCAAAACCCCUCACGGGGCUGAUGCACUCUCUCGCAGCGUCAAUCACCAACUGAUGUCUCGCUUAAGCACACUAAUUCCAUGGAAUAAAUUAACACAUCCUCCGAAUUUACAUAGCAGCUCUCGAACAUCAACAGCCCUGAGCAUACUUAUGCCGGAGGAGUAUGAGGGUCAGCACGAUGCUUUGUCAACAGACUUGAAUAGCUCCAAGAAUAAAGGCAGAGAGCAUCUCGCAUUGGAGCUAUUUCUUCUUUCAAACAACAUCACUUCGCAAGAUCCUAGGGGACGGACAAGUGAGAACAUCAGAUCUGAUGACGAGCGGGUGAUGCAAAUGCUGGAAGAUUCUGGUUGGAAGGAUUUGAAGCAUAUUCAGAUCCUUUUAUCGACUCGUGAGCCAACUGCUGAAGCUAUUGCAGAAAGGGUGUUUACAAGUGCAUUGAGACUUCAUGACAUAGAAACGGUGGCGAUGAUGCUCAAGUUCAAGAUGGAUCCCAACAGCGCAUCAAUUGAGUCGAUCUCUCGUGGUAUUUUGACACCUCUUCAAUUCGUCGCAGCAAGCCAAGAUGAGCGGAGCGAGGAGCUCAUCAAUCUUCUUGUAUCCCAUGGGGCUGAUGUAAAUUACACAUGCAAUGAGUACCCACCGUUGUUUUAUGCCAUUGAUGAACAUGGGAGCAGAAAUAUGCGCGCUUUUAUGUCGCAUGGUGCUAUUGUAAUGCCAUCUUGCCUCUCUGCUGCCACUUGUCUAAAGGACAUCGAAGCCUUUUCAGACAUUGCCAAUUCCUGCUCUGAUGUGAACGCACGAUCUGGAUGGCAGGACCCCAGUGCUCUUGCUCAGGCUGUUACACAUGGAAAUGUUCCGAUAAUCAAAGUUUUACUCGCCAAAGGUGCCAAUAUCCAUGAUCUGGUUGUUGUGAAUUUUGAGGAUGACAUUGCAACGACCACUAUCUUGGGCCUCAGCGUUCAGUCAGCAUCUAACGAUGUUGUACGUGCAUUGCUGUCGGGCUGCCAUGAGAUGAACCCCGACUUUGAUGGUCUGCCUUAUGUCUCCCCUGUUGUUUUAGCAGUGGAAAGAAAGAAUGUUGAGAUUACUCAUGCUUUACUCCAAGCUGGGGUCGAUAUUAAACAAGCCGACGGGCAAGGGAAAAUGACGCUACUUGAGCGCGCAACCGAGAACCGUUACUCAGUGGCCUUGUGCAAAGUAUUGAUUGAACAUGGAGCCCAAGUCAAUAGACCUGUUUCUUCCCAGAAAUAUGAGUCCUCAGCUCUUCUCAAGGCGCUUAAACGAAAAUCGUCGGAAGUUGCUCAGCUCUUGAUCGAGGCAGGCGCGCGACUCAAUGAUGAACAUACUCAGCCCCCUUACACUGCACUUGGAGCUGCAAUUGAACAUGGAGAUGGUAUACUGAUUCAGACACUCCUGGCCACAGGAGCUACAGUUGUUGGGACUAAACUGGAAGCGAUUGGCAGUUUGGGUACUGCGAUGUUCUUGCAGGCCAACGAUGUACUUCGCAGGGUCUUGAAUGUAUCAGGGCCCGGCAUUCUUGCUACUGCUUUACUUGCGAAGAACACCGACCUAGCUCGGUACUUGCUUGAGCACGACGCUGACCGUGAGUAUCGAAUGGGAAAUGAAGACCAUGUUCUCUCCAACCAGACUCCUUUGGAAGCAGCAAUCGAAGUGGGGAAUGUGACUUUCGCAGAGACCCUUUUGAAACGCGGCGCAAAGGUUACGGAUAGCGUUCUUGCAGGUGCUAUAAGCAAAGAUCCUGUGCUUCUAAAACAUCUCCUGGCCAGGUUCGGUGGAUGUGCUCCAACUGCAGUAGGCAUUGCUGUCUUUUGCGGAGAGCCCCUGCAACUGCUUCAAGAGGCAGGCGUAGACCCUACUGGUGUACCACAAAUUCCCGAGUAUUAUUGGGAUUUGGGGGACUUUCAACUGCCGCCUCCAGAGUCGGUACUCGAAGUGGCAGUGGUUGCAAGAAAAAGGGAGGCAUUGCAGUUCUUGCUCCAAUGGACUCCUUGGAAUGCAAAGCUGAUCGGUCGUGCCUUGACGUUUGCGAUACUUUUGCAGCUGAAUGAAAUGGCGGAGGAUUUGUUGCCUUUUGAUUCUGAUAUGACUCAGGAGAUUACCAUCCAGUGCCCCUAUUACGAGGACGACUUUGGAGAAGUCGCCGGAGAACGAGAAACUUACACUCCCCUUCAAGCUGCAGUUAACAGACAAAUGAUCCAUGUCGCUCGUGCAUUGAUGGAAAAGGCUGAUGUCAACUAUCUUGGUCAUGGGGUUCGGUGUCGAACAGCAUUGCAACAUGCCGUUGAAAAGGGAAACAUGGAGCUUAUCAAUCUGUUACUUUCGAAACAUGGAGCUAGGAUUGAUGAGCCUCCUGCCACGGACGGUGGUGCUACUGCGUUGCAAAUUUCAUGCCUCAAAGGUUAUAUGGGCAUUACGAGAAGACUACUCGACCUAGGAGCGGAUGUCAACGAAGCUCCUGCUAAGCAUAACGGACGUACGGCCUUACAGGGAGCAGCAGAAUACGGCCGAAUUGACAUCCUGCAUAUGCUGCUCAAUGAAGGGGCAUUGGUCAUCGGCGAAGGUGAAAUGCAGUAUCGCAAAGCAGUUGAGCUUGCAGAACAAAACGGACACAAUGCUGCCGCGAGGAUGUUGAGGUCUUGGAGGGACUCCGUCUUUUUGAGUCCCUCAACUUCUUAA